AUGCUGAAAGCCAUUGAAACCGCCGAGAAAAUUGAAGCACUUGGUGAAGAUUUCGUGGAUGAUGAUUCAAAACCUCAGGUGAAAAGAUCAUUAUUCAAUCCUGGAUUGACCAGAAAGGAUGAGAAUAGACCAAUUCUUGAUUAUACUAAGACUGCAAAAGAAACACCAAACUCCAGUGGACUGAAAUCAGAGUCAGAACCUGAGAAAGGGACUCGCAAGAGAAAGUUUGAGGAUGUUCUCGAUGAACAUGAACGAAAAGACGACGAAAACUUCAGAGGUAUGUUUGGUAAAGUUAGAAAGUUUGCUAGGUUUGUUACAAGAGAGCUGAGUACUACACUUGACAGCCCUAUAUCUGAUCAAGAGAUUGGUAACGAAUUGGAAGAUAAAACAAGAGAUGGAGUUGAAAAUCAAUCUGCUAAUUCAGAUGUCGUUGAAAAUAAGACUGCCCAAGUUGAAAAUGAACCAUCUCACAAUUUUAUCCAGAGCAAACUUGAUGCUGUUGGCGAAACACUGGUUGAAGCUGAAAAUACUAUCGAAGAAUUUACAAGUUUCGUUGAAGAACAGGUGGAAGAUUUAGUUGAAGAUCCCGUGGAGCCUGCGGAAGAAAAUGUUACACAUAUUCAAAGCUCUCUGGUGGUUGAUUUUGCAUCGAAAGCAGAAGCUGUUGCCGAUGAGUUCGGGAAUUUUGUGGAGGGACAAGUCGAGGAGCUGAUCGAGAACCCAGUUGAACCAGCUGAAGCGAAUGUUGAUGACACACAUACUACUAUAAGUGAUACAGUUGCUAAAACAGAGGUUAUCGCUGAAGAAUUAGGUGACUUUAUCAAAGACAAGGUUGAAGAGUUGGUUGAGCAUCCUGUGGAACCUGUUGAAGAGAAUAUUGAACCUAACGAACCCAUCAAAGAAACAAUCAAAAUGGCUGAAAAUAUUGUUGAAGAUUUUGGAGGCUUUGUCGAAGAGAAAGUUGAAGAGCUAGUUAAUAAUCCAGUGGAUCCUGUCGAGGGGGCUAUUACAAAUAAAACUACCUCAGUCGGUCAUGCAAUUAGUGAGGCUGAAAAUGUCGUCAAAGACUUUGAAGGAUUUGUACAUGAAGAAGUUAAGGAACUCGUUGAGAAUCCUGUUGAUGAUGAAGUAGAUGAAGCACCAGCUGAAACGUCAGUAUCUCAAGCUGCAGAAGUUGUUGGGGAUUUCGGAAACUUUGUUCAGGACCAGGUUAGAGUAGCCAUAGAGGAGCCUGUUGAUGAGAUGUGUCAGACCAUAAAUCAACCAACUGAACCUAAGGAUGAAAUUUUGGGAAAACUUAAUGAUGCGGCUCAUGUUUUGGAAGAAAAAGUGGAGGAGGUUAUUGAUAACCCCGUCACUGACGAGCCUGAUCAUGCAACAAGCCUUGAAGAUGAAGCUGGCGUGGAAAACUUAGAGGCUCGGGAUUUUGAGGUUGAUGAAGACCUAGCUGCUGACAAUAUGGAAGAUUCAGGUAAUAACACUGAUAAAGAACAUGGUGAUGUUAUAGUUGAAAAGACAGAGGAUACUAAGGAAGAACCAGAAAGAGGAUCGAAAACAAACCAUAAUACGAAUGAGGAGGAUUUGGAGAAACAACCUCAAUUGAACCCAGAUGAUGUGAACAUUUCACAGGCCAAAUCACCCUUAAAGAAAGUGUUUGAUUAUUUUUUCAAAAGCUCCAGUAAAAAUGACGGUCUUGAAGCAACGGCACCUGAGAAUGAUAAUCCAACAAGCUCACCAGUUGAAAGACCUCCGAAGAGAAGGAAGAAAACUGCUGUCACUGAUUUCCAUGAUCACAUUGUUAUGAAAACUAGAAGUGGGAAGAUUAUUGGUGCUAAUUCGGAUGCUGAUAUUGCUGAUGCUCAAGAUUUAGAACAAGAAGAGGAGGAGCUAAUAGACCGUAUAGCACACGGUGAAGUCCAUACUGGCCAUGUUCUCCAUGAACUUGCUCUCGAACAUGAAAGAUUAGAGCAUGAACAUGAACAUGGACCUUUUAACGAAAAUGAGCAAAAAGUUGAGGAAAUGGAGACAAAGGAAGAGACAGAGCAAAAAGUUGAGGAAUUGGAAACAAAGGAAGAAUCUAUAACUGACAAGAAGUCAAAGGAGUCAAAUGUUGAAAACCCUGAGACAAUUAAAGAUGAAAAAGGUUCCAAACUUGAUAAUCCAAAGCAAAGAACGAGAGGGAAAAAACGUUCAAGAACUGAUGGUGACUUGGAUGAAGGUUCAAAAGCUUGA